UAAACGCGAGUAGACGCGUAAAGCCGGUGUGAAACGAACUUUCGGUUUCAUUAUUGAAUAAAUGAGACUUUGUUUCAGCGAAGAGUCCGUUUGACUUCAACCCGCUUCAAACAUGUGGAAUAACUCCAGUAAGAGAAAGGAGCUGAGAGAGAGGAUAGAGCGGCUGUCUGGAUCAGUAGAGCCGGCGCUGCGCGGUGCAGGAGUUGAUGACAAAGAGCUGCUCACUCUGACGAGGGAGGAUUUAAAUGAACUUUUUCCUGGAAUUGAGAAUUUCCAGCUGCGGAGAAAGAUCAUGCAGAUGGUCAGCGAGGCAGCGCAGGAGCCACUGCAACCAAACGCCACCACACUGGUUGGUGCACUGAGGGAUUUGAUUGAAAGGAAUGACAGAAGUGGACCUGCUGUGGACAGCAUGGUGAGAGAGUAUCUUUGUGCACUCAGGGACUUGGAAAAGCAUCUCACAGCUGCACUGGACUUCCUAAAACCCCACAUUGAACUACUGGAGAAUCUCAGUCACGUUCCUGCACAAAGAGAAGCAACUGGAUCUGCGAAGACUUUGAGUCUCAGACACUCUGCGAGUGAAAACCUGACGCAUCCAACCUCAUACAGUGUACCUCCCCAACCUGUGAAAAUCCACUCACUUGUGUGUGGUAAUACUCUGGAUGCUCACAGAUCGAUUCUCAGACUUGUGCAACCAGUGAAAGAGAGCAGCCUGGAAGACUGUAGCGUCAUUCUGGUCUUCUGUCCGAUAGCAACACGAGCCGGAACGGACGUCGAAGCCGCGAUUCAGAAAAUCCAAGGUCCCAAAGCAGCCAUACUGGUAGUGAUGCACCACACACAAGACCAAGAACACACUGGAGUCAAUCCCAGGACUUUGUCGGCUAAACCAAACAUAGUGGAGUGUGUGAAUGUGCUGUUCCACGACUCGGUGCCAGGUCUUCUGCUCUCGUGUAAUGCAAAUAAGCAAGCGAUAGCCCAAAUACAGGCUGCCUUGCAACAAUACAAGUGA